GGAGCGGUAGAAAACGCAAAAAUUGGCAUAGAAAUGAAGAGGAUUAAGAUUGGGGGAGGUAAUUAUCGUGUUCCCAAACCAAUCGAGGAAGAGAGAGAUGAAAAAAAGGCUUUAAGUUCAAUAGUAAAAGUCGCAGAUGAGAAAGCAUCUGCUAAAACCAUGCCAGAAAAAUUGGCUGAAAUAAUAAUUGACACUAAUAAUAAAGUUGGUGAAGUUAUUAAAAAGAAAGAAAAUGUGCUUAAAGAAGGAGAGGCUAAUAUGUCUUUUGCUUCUUUCUUAAAUCGUAAAUAA